GGUAUAGUUGCGUCGAUGGCUGAGAUAGGAUGUAACAUAACUGUUGACUACCUAAGGUAGGGAAAGUCUACACAUGUAAAUUAAUACCCUUGACCAAAAGAAGCUCUAGUUUAUCGUUGAGGCUGAAACCCCUCUGAUCCUGCGUCAGCUUUCUCAUAUCUAGCAUGUCUGUUGAAUCUAUGCUGGUUAUCUCAUGAUUAUAUCCGGUCCAAUGUUACCCACCACAUCUGAAAUUCAAAUCUACGAGACAGACAUAACCCGCAUCUAACAAUAUGAGCCCAGUUCCGAUAGCUAUCACAGGAUCGCUAUGUGAACUUUGCCACCAAUUCAUCGACAACCUCUUCUCCUUCGACUUUACUAGACAGGCCGUUUAUCCCGCACGAUGGCUGCCAGUAGGUUCGCAAUGGACACCAGAGAAGCCCUGGGGAGAUGCCUUCCGUCACCAUGAGACGUUUGGAGACCUUACAAAUAGCGCCAAGAUGUGCGAAUUAUGUAAUGUCCUCUACGUGGACCUCGCAUCUUUGAACAAAGCUCUACAUCAAGGCUGGUUAGGUUUAUACCCGUUCUGGUCCUCAGGUCAUAUAGGAGACAACAAGCUGAAAGGCCAUUUUCGCGCUGGUUUCCGCGACUCUCUGCAAAACAUGCCCUGGGGAAGUAAUAAGAUUGGAAGUAUCCCACUGCACAGCUUUAGGAUCUGCCGACGAGAGCCAUUGAGGAAAGGAGAAGAGGUACCUUGGUUAGAUGCUUACAGGAGACUUCCGGCCGUGUCGACGACUCUAACCCCAUCGCAUAUCUCUCGGGUGGCGGCUAAGUGGCGGCAAGAGUGUACCGAAGCUCACCCAAACUGUGUCAAAUCCGACUUGCAUAAUACACUUCCAACAAGGGUGGUCGAUAUAAGCGACAGCGAAACGGGACGAAUCCGUAUAUACGAAUCAAAAGGUGAAAAGAUGCUAUAUGCUACACUUAGCCACUGUUGGGGUGGUAUAAUCCCAUCCGUCACCACAAUGGCCAACCUAAAGAUAAGAACCAAUGGAAUGGACAUCGAUGAACUACCCCAGAACUUUAAGGACGCUAUCGAGGUUACCAGGGCCAUCGGGUUACGAUACCUGUGGAUAGACGCCCUGUGUAUCAUCCAAGACUCGAAGCUAGAUUGGGAUCAGGAAGCUGGGAGGAUGUAUUCCGUGUACGCGGGCGCUUCGAUAGUGAUAUCUGUCCUCGAUUCCGCGGGCAGCACCAAUGGCUUUCUCACACCAAACAGAGCGCCACUGUCGCUAAUAAGCGACGAAUACGCCGUCCAAAAGGUGUAUCCUGAUAUUAACGAAUGCCUUACGGAAUGCCCGUUAAACGGCCGUGGUUGGUGCAUGCAAGAAAGACUUCUGGCCAAACGUGUGCUGCACUUUGGAAAGGAGCAGAUGUUCUGGGAGUGUCUCACCGAUUUCAAGUGCGAGGACGGAAAGAAUUACACCGGCGAGUCGGACGGGCACUUCGUGGCAAAGUUCAUGAAGAUCCGAAAACAGAUUGGUGUAUGCGCUGCCCAGGGUAUCGAGUUAGAUUGGAAGGCAUGGUAUCAGCUGCUAGAAGAAUACACUACACGGAAGUUCACCAUUUCUACUGACAAGCUACCUGCUGUUGUCGGAGCUGCAGCAUUAUUCAAGUCUACCAAGCCAACCGCGACGUAUAUCGCCGGCUUAUGGCGGGAAGAUAUCGCGCGUGGUCUCCUAUGGUGCGCCCACUAUUACCACGCGCCAGGUCGGAAAGUUUGGGGGAUAUCAACGACCGACGAGAUCUCCGAACUAUCUAAGCCGCCUACGAAACGCGCGCCUAGCUGGAGUUGGGCUGCCCUCGAUGGUGCACUCGACUUUUGGGCACUCCGGAUCGGGGGAUUUGCCGUUGAGGUCUUAGAUGUAGCAAUAGAAGCUGAGAAGGAGGCUAUAUACGGCUACCCGGAUGGAAUUAUAAAGCUCAGGGGCCGCCUUGCACAGAUGUUUUAUCAUCCCCCCCAAGAUAAUAAACACGACGUUGGUGUCUUGACGUUUGAGCCGACUGACUCUCCAAAUUUUCAUUCCGGGCCAAUAAAUAGCUGUGUCAUGGAUCUAGAUCGUCGGUCACCGCGACUGUGCUGGGCGUUGGUAAUGACGGAGUCGCCCAACGACAAGUAUUUGCUUGUCCUCCACAUGCGCAAGGAUGGAUCCUACCGGAGGGUCGGAAUGAGCACUGCACACUGGCGGGAGGUUGACCUAUCGAGGUUCAAAACACAAGAAAUUCACAUCACUUGAAGUCAUCAUCAUAAUGGGAAUAGGGAAUGAAUAAUUGUCACUUGACAGU